AAGAGAAAACACUUUGCGAGGUUGAAAGCUGCGUAGUUGCAACAGCCGGGGUUAGGAGCUAUCAAAAGCAAUUACAUUAAAAUAGAUUAUACUGUGUAAAUUGAGCCAUUUAGAAGGUGAGAACCAAAGAAACAGCUCUGAUCCCCCCUCUCUCUAAAUUGCAGUUUUAGUUCCUUGCAAUUCUGAGGCACAAAAGUAGGUGAGACUGCUUUUGUAUCUGCAAAGUGCUUUAUUUCUGAGUGUAAUUCUAACUGAGUGCAAUCUAGGUUAAAAGCUGGACAACUGGGUAAUUAGAGCUCACUUGCUGCUAAAGGACGAUCAGCUGUACCCGUAGCUCAUUUGUGUUCCCAGAGACUUGCUCUCUUCUCCCCUGAGCGGAGGCUGCUGGAGAAGAAGUGUCUGUCCCCGGACUUUUCUUGCUUGCGGAGAUGAUGGUGCUGGACAAGGAGGACGGUGUGCCGAUGUUAUCUGUACAACCCAAAGGGAAGCAGAAGGGCUGCGCUGGCUGCAACCGGAAGAUCAAGGACCGGUACCUGCUGAAAGCUCUGGAUAAGUAUUGGCAUGAAGACUGCCUAAAGUGUGCCUGCUGUGACUGUCGUCUUGGAGAGGUUGGAUCAACUCUUUACACAAAAGCAAAUCUCAUUCUUUGCCGCAGAGAUUACCUGAGGCUCUUUGGUACCACCGGGAAUUGUGCUGCCUGCAGUAAACUGAUCCCUGCCUUUGAGAUGGUGAUGAGGGCCAGAGAUAAUGUUUACCAUUUGGACUGCUUUGCCUGUCAGCUCUGCAACCAGCGAUUCUGUGUGGGAGACAAAUUUUUCCUGAAGAACAACAUGAUCUUGUGUCAGAUGGACUAUGAGGAAGGGCAGCUGAACGGGAGCUUCGAGUCCCAGGUUCAAUAGCAAACCCUGCUUGGCUGAAGCACUGUGGGAUGGGCGCUGUGCCGCGCGAGCAGCGAGGGUGCCUGUCAGCUUGCCUGCAAUAUUUUUUUAAUUCUUGGUCCAGAGAGGACUAUAUACAUUGUAGUACUUUUUCCCCCCCAACACAAAGCAGUUACAAUUUUAGAUGUACAGUUGUGCCUGCUUAGCUGAGCACUGCAUUGCCUGUAUGUUUGUGAGUUUUUGGGGUCUGGGGGAGGGCUCUGUACAGUCUGUUUUCUGUAUAUAAACUGGAACAUUUAUUUUAUGAAAAAUGUAAUGCAAUUUUAUUACUGGUGUGAAUUAAAAAUUAUGAAUG